AAUUAGUAAAACCAUAAAAUCAACUGCCAUUAGCUGUUCUAUACGAAUGGCGAAAACUCGCCGAUAAAUCCAAACGAGUUACAAUGUUGCCUAUGUAAUCCCGACGCGCUGGCUCAUCUCAAACGAGAGGCUCCCCGUCCCAACGGAUUCACCGGAGGGAGGAACAGGGUUGGGAGGGGGGCAUCGAGCUAGCGGACGAACCUCGUACAUGGCCUUGGUAAAUCCAUACUAGUCACGGAUGGUGUCGUUGCUGCCGUGGAUGAUGCAGACUGAGGGCGUAGCCAUCUCCCAAUGUCCCGACCCGACGAGGAUGGCGCACUACGACCGGUCGGCGCGACCCACGCCGACAGCAACGACGCGGCGCCGCAGCUUGCCGCGUCUAGGGGCGCGCCGGCGGUGGAACUGACUGAUGCCACUGUGAGCGGCGCAACGAGCGAGAGAGUGAGAGGCCAUUCUUCUUCUUCUUCUUCUUUUUUUUUUGAGAAAAUGAUGGGAUAUGUUGUUGUGUUGGGCCCUUGGGCUAAUGGGCUCCUCGACCGAUCGAAGUUGGGCCACGACUCCGGCGCUCGCCGUACUGGGGGCCUCCGCCUCUGCGAAGCAGCGAUGCUGCUGCUCCGAGUGCUGCUCCGGCGACGGCGGCCGCCGCUCCCCGUCCCCACCGCAGGAUUCUUCACCAGCUCCGGAAGCAACGCCACCGCGCCUCCUCCUCCUCCUCCUCCUCCUCCUUCUCUUGGGGCGGAGGGGCCCCGCGACGUGCCAGGGCAGGAGGGCUCGCUGGCGCGGCGGGUGGAGCGGGCGGCGUCGGUCGGCGCGGCCAUGCGGGGCUGGAUGGCCGACGGCCGCGCCGUGCACCGCGGCCACGUAUUCCACGCCAUCAACCGCCUCCGACGACACCGUCUACACCGCACCGCCCUGCAGGUCAUGGAAUGGAUCGUGAGAGAGAGGCCCUACAAGCUGAGUGAGCUUGAUUACUCGUAUCUGCUGGAGUUCACAGCUAAAGUCCAUGGCAUUUCUGAAGCCGAAAGCCUCUUCCUUCGCGUACCUCAGGAAUACCAGAAAGAGCUCCUCUAUAACAACCUUGUCAUGGCUGCUUUGGAUCUGGAUCUCAUUAAGCAUUCAUACGCUUACAUGAGGAAGAUGAGAGAAUUGUCCUUGCCGAUCUCGCCAUAUGUUUACAACCGCCUGAUCAUCCUUCAUUCUUCACCCAGUCGCAGGAAAACUAUAUCCAAGAUCCUUUAUCAAAUGAAAGCUGAUCGUGUGACCCCUCACACGUCAACCUACAACAUCCUGUUGAAAAUACAAGCCAAUGAGCACAACAUUGACGGGCUAGCCAGGGUGUUUAGUGAUAUGAAAAGAGCAAAGAUUGAGCCCAAUGAGAUCACUUAUGGCAUUCUAGCUAUUUCACAUGCUGUUGCAAGACUAUAUACUGUUUGCCACACAUAUGUAGAAGCCAUUGAGAAUUCCAUGACAGGUACUAAUUGGUCCACACUGGAAAUUCUUCUUAUCUUGUAUGGAUACCUUGGGAAGGAAAAGGAGCUAAAGAGGACAUGGGAGAUCAUGCAAGACCUCCCUCAUGUUCGAUCCAAAAGCUUCACAGUAGCAAUAGAAGCAUUUGGAAAGGUUGGUUCCAUUGAUCAGGCAGAGAAGAUAUGGGUCCAGAUAAAAUCAACAAAAAAGUUAAGCCUUACAGAACAGUUCAAUUCCAUUUUAUCAGUUUACUGCAGGCACGGUGUUGUGGAUAAAGCAUCAUCUGUAUUCAAGGAAAUGAGAGCAAACGGAUGCCAGCCUAAUGCUAUUACUUAUCGCCACUUAGCAUUGGGUUGCUUGAAAUCGGGUCUUGUUAAAGAAGCCUUGAACACAAUAGAUAUGGGAAAGAAGGAAGUCGUCACUAAAAAGGUGAGGAGUUCAACACCAUGGUUGGAGACCACACAUCUGUUGCUUGAGAACUUUGCAGAAAUUGGAGACUUGGAAAAUGCAAAGAGACUAUACAGUGAACUGAAUGAAUCAAAAUAUUCUCGGAAUUCCUUUGUGUAUAACACCCUCCUGAAAGCUUAUGUGAAGGCAAAAGUUUAUGAGCCAGAUUUGUUGAGGACAAUGAUUUUGAGAGGGGCAAUGCCUGAUGCUGAGACAUAUAGCCUUCUCAGACUGAUUGAACAGUUCAAGAUCUAAUGCUCUAUGUGUGUUGGUGCUUUCAAGGAAAACCACUGCUGGAUUUUGUCAUGCAAAAAUCAUUAGAGAACUUGUGGACAACAUGUUGCAGCAAAUGUCUUCUGGCGAUCAUUUUUUGCACAGUAAUCCCAAUAUUCUGCACAAAUCAAUUGGAGAGAUACAGCUAUCUAUUUCUAUCAUGAACAGUUUUAGAACUGCAAGUGCUGCAUUGCAUCUCAAGUACAAAAGAUGGAAUACAGGCACUCAAACAAUAAAGGAGGCCAUUGUCUUUUAUCAUGCCACACAGAUGUGCUACACAUCCUGAAUAUGUCAUUCUGCUGCUACUGCUACUGGUAAGAGUCUUUGCAGACCCUUGCUCCUGCAACACUUUUAAGGUGCUAGGCUGCUAGCUUCUAGCUAUACUAUAUGAUAAAGCAGUAGAAGCAUCCUCUGCACAUGCUUUUCCAGAAUCAAGCUGAAUAAACAAGUGCUAUUCUCCGGUUGCAGAACUGAACACAGAACUCUAUUGUGCCUUUUGCCUAUACACAAGUCAAACAUGAUCAAAUUCUCCAUAUGUUAAGGGUAGUGAAUGGAAUCGAAACAAACACAAAGCAAUUUCACGAAUGAUAUUAACUUGGCCAACCAUUCUAAAUAAUUUGCUGUUGAGCUCAUUGCGUCGGAUGCUGUCCAAUUGCAAGGUGUAAGGACCGUGACAAUUCUCUUUGCUCUUGAGCUUGUUGCUUUGCAGAUACUAUUCAAUUGUGAGGUUUAAGGACCCUGGAAAUUUCCAUGGUGAGGGCUCCAAAAAAUUUCUACCUCAUCUAUUAAUUUAAUUACAUAGGGAUUCAGAAUAAUUGACUAUAUAGAGGCUUACAGGUUAGAAGUCUACAUACUGGUUAAAGUGGUCAUGUGGGACUGCAACAUUAUGGUUUUUUUUAUAAAAAACUUUUGUUGCUCUUGUAGAGCUUGUAGUUCCAUCUUGUGGACCUUUGAUUAUUUUAAAUAAUUAUACAUCAACCUGUUCUUGGUCUCAAGUAACGAGAUGAUUUUCCAUCAGAAAAUGUGAACAGCUAGUAGUCCACAAAGAAUGUCGUCAGUCUUAUCAUGAGGACGUGUGAUGCAAUCUUUCUGAAUGUUCAGGUCAGAAUGACAUGUAAAUGGAAAAUACCCCAUUGAUUUUAUCGUCUC